GGGGGGCAUGGUAUCCUCUUCACGGUCUCGAUACCUUUUACGCUUUUACGUUCGGCCUCUCAAUCUGUGUGUCCUACGGUUUUCUCAUCUCGUUCUCUAAAAUCUCUUGUUGAUUGAUUUUCUCUGGCUUUGAUACCUUCGGUUUUCUUCGGAUAUCGGCAAUGCCACCACCGAACAAAUCGAACAUGGCGACUGAGCUAAAUCCCAGAUCGAGCCAUAGUGGAAAGGAGACGGAAGAAGAUGAAGCUCCUUCGCAUAAUCUUUGGGUAGGAAACCUUGCCCUUGAUACGGGUGAUUCUGAUUUGAUGAAUAUGUUUGGCAAGUACUGUGCGCUCGAUUGCGCUGCGUAUGCAUCUAGAAACUAUGCUUUCGUCUACUUCAAGCAUCAUGAUGAUGCUAGGGCUGCGAAGGAUGCUCUGCAGGGAUCCGUUGUUCGUGGAAAUCGGAUCAAAAUUGAGUUUGCUAAACCGGCUAAGCCUGGCAAACAUUUAUGGGUUGGUGGGAUUAGUUCAUCUAUUACCAAAGAGCAAGUAGAAGCUGAGUUUUUGAAGUAUGGGAAAAUUGAGGAGUUCAAAUUUCUUAGGGACCGAAAUUCAGUGCUUAUCGAUUAUGUUAAGUCAGAAGAUGCUCUUGCAGCCUUGAAAAGUAUGAACGGGAAACGUUUAGGUGGUGAACAAAUACGUGUGGAUUUCCUGAGGUCUCAACAUUCUCGAAGAGACCAUUGGUCGGACUUUCAUGAAUCAAGGGAUGGACCUUUUAGCAACAGAAGGGGCAUGGGACCUCCAGAGCCAUUAUGGAUGCCACCAGAUGCCAUGAGAAAUUUCUCUGACUCAUCCCAGAUUGGCCUUAAGAGGCAUAUGCCUUCUCAAUCGUUGGGCAGUCGUAGAGGAGAAGGCCAACCAAGCAAUGUUUUGUGGAUAGGAUAUCCACCGUCAGUUCAGAUUGAUGAACAGAUGCUUCACAAUGCCAUGAUCUUAUUUGGAGAAAUUGAAAGAAUUAAAAGUUUCCCAUCAAGGAAUUAUUCGUUUGUUGAGUUUAGAAGUGUGGAUGAAGCUCGGCGUGCCAAAGAAGGUCUGCAAGGGCGUCUUUUCAAUGAUCCUAGGAUACAGAUUUUGUUUUCAAGCAGUGAAUCUGCACCUGGUAAAGAUAACGCAGCAUUUUAUCCAGGAAUAAAAGGUCCUAGGCCAGAUAUGUUCUUCAAUGAACCUCCUUUUGGUCCUGGACCAAUGGACGCAUUUGGUAAUCCUCGCGUGAUGGGACCACAUAAUUUCCCUGGACCACUACCUAGUGGCAUGCCAGGUCCAAACAUGCUGAUGAGGCCCUUUGGUCCUCAAGGUGGAUUUGAUCCACUUCAUCCAGGUCCCGAGUUCAAUGAUCUGUCGGGGCUUGCCCAUAACUUCCCAGAUGCUAAUCCUAGUAAUCACAUGGCUCCAAAUUGGAGAAGGUUAUCUCCGCCAGCACCUGGCAUGCUCCCUUCUCCUGCACCUGCUAUGUGGCCACCCAUUAGGCACUCACUGGGUACAUGGGAUGGAUAUGACUCUAAUGCAUUUCAAAGGGAAUCCAAGAGGUCAAGGAUUGAUGGUCCUCCACCAGUUGAUGAUGCUGCCUUUGCUGUUAGAAAGAUGGAUGGCCAGGCAAUUGGGGGUGAGCCACCAUUUGGGUUUGGACCACCACUUGCAAACACUCCAAGUCAGAUCCGCCAGAGUCCUGCAGAUGGAAGGGUCCCUAGUGGAGGGCCUUCUGGCCAGGUUCUUCCUGAUAAUGAUCACUGUUGGCGUGGCAUUAUUGCUAAAGGUGGAACUCCUGUUUGUCAUGCUCGUUGUGUACCCAUUGGAAACGGGAUAGACUCUCAGCUCCCUGAUAUUGUGAAUUGCUCAGCAAGAACAGGAUUGGAUAUGCUCACAAAACACUAUGCAGAAGCAAGUGGUUUUGACAUUGUUUUCUUCCUACCAGACAGUGAAGAUGAUUUUGCUUCCUACACUGAAUUUCUUCGUUACCUUGGUGCAAAGAAUCGUGCUGGUGUUGCUAAGCUUGAUGAUGGGAUGACAUUAUUUUUGGUGCCUCCGUCAGAUUUCUUAACAAAAGUGCUGUCUGUCUCAGGUCCAGAGCGUCUCUAUGGUGUGGUUCUCAAGUUACCACAGCAAAUACCAAGCAAUGCAUCCAAUCAACAACCACAGCAGUCCACUUUUCCUCCAUCACAGUAUAUCGAUAGGCAGCAAUUACUUCCUCAAAACGAUUACAAUUCAGUUCAUCAGGAGGACCAAACAUUGCCAAUUGAUUAUAAUAGGGCAUUCCAUGAGGAUUCGAUGCCUCAACCUCCGAAACAACUCUUACCUUCUGAUGAGCCCCAUGCAAUGCAGUCUGCUCCUCGAGACAGUGCAAGUAAUCCCUCAGUGGCUCCCCAAGGAGUAUCUCUAACUCCUGAGCUCAUUGCUACCCUUGCUGCUUUACUUCCUAACAACAAUAUGCAGUCCUCAAAUUCAAACAAUGCUCAGUUACAGCUCGGCCCUUCCUCAAGGCCCUCAUUGCCUGCUUUGACACCUGAUAGAGCAAUACCACCACAGGGAUGGAGACAAGAUCAUCAAGCCUCUGUUGCUGGUGCUCAUCAUCCUGUGAAGGAAGAACAAGUAGGCUAUGCAUCCCAGCCAUUGGGAGCUCAAUUUAAUUCCCAGGGACAACUUUUGUCUCACUUUCCUGCAUACACGAAUGUAUCAAAUGGAUCUGACCCCUCUGCACAAGCCAUCCUUGGUAGUACACAGAUUCAGGAUCCUUCUCUCAAUGUGACUCAACAGGGUGCAACAUCUAGACCUUUGAAUAGCUUUCCUGUUCCUUCCCAAACUGGGCAGUAUACAGUACCUCAUCAGGGCACCCAACAGUAUCAAGUUGAUGCUUCUCAAAUUGCUCAGAAAGGCUAUGGGAUGGUACCUGGUACAGAAGCUUCUGGUUUAUUCCGUCCUCAGGUCUUUCUGCAGCCUAGGCCCCCUGUCAUUGCAUCUGCCCAGGUUCAGGGCUCAAAUUUAUCCCAACCACAAUUUGGCAUGCUGUCAGCAACUGAUAAAGGAAACUCAGAAUUUCCUAAUCAGGUACAACAGUUACAAUCUGCUCUAUCAAGUGCUGGCCAAGGUACAUCAGAUGGUGAAGCAGAUAAGAACCAAAGAUACCAAUCAACGCUACAAUUUGCUGCCAGCCUUCUCCUCCAGAUACAGCAGCAGCAACAACAGCAGCAGCAGCAGCAGCAGCAGCAGCAGCAGCAACAACAACAGCAAACGACAGCUCAAGCACUGCAAGGUUCUGGCAAUCAUGAAUAAGUUCUUAGUGUCAGAUUCUCAAAUAUAUUAUUUGUUGAUGGAUGGUAACUUACAUUAGCUUUGGUAGGUUUGCAGAACCAUGUUUCUAAUUCUGUUAUCUUCAAAUGUGCUUUUACUGAAACUAGUAGAUGUGGCAUUCUGAGGCUUGUGUAGUAUCCAAAUCCUAUUUCUCCAUUUAUAAAAUAAAAGAUAAAGAUGUUUGCUCAUUUUGAAUUUAAAUUUGCAGACAUUAUGCUCACAUUCAAUUUUGUAUGUAUCUGUAAGUGUGGGAUGAUUAUAUUGCAGUUAGAUGCAUAGUGGUUUAAGAUUUUCUUUUGCUACAAUUUAUGAUUCAAGAAUCUCAGAAACUGAAAAAUGGUAGUGACUGUUCUGGAAAUAAAUUAUCUGUUGUGAUUUGUUGAAGUCAUUGAUAAUGUGUUUCUGGUCAAAAGUAACAAGUAGUAAUAUACAAGAUUGGAAAUAGGGCAAGAGAAGACCAGAUAAAAAAAAUCAACAGUAAAGUUUACAGAUCCUCUUGGUUGAAUGCUAAGAAUAGAGAAGAGAAUAAUAAAUCAAUAGUGGUGAUCAAUCCAACAGUUGGAUGACCCAGAUUUGCAGAUUCCUUGUGGUAGUAGGAAACUUCAAAUCCAACAAACUUAUGAAUCUUUCUGUUGAGAUGAAAGAAUACUGAGGAAAAUCCCAAUCCCAGACUAGGACAAAUUAAACUCAGGUAUUCAACUAAGAUUCAAUCUUUAACCAUACUACGAAAACAGAAACUCAUAGUCGAAUUAGGUAAUCAAUCAUCCAACCUGCAAGAUUAGAUUUUGAAGUCAGAUCAAUUCAGUGGACCUUGCAGUAGGAGAUACUAGGAGGAGACUCAAGUUUGACCUGUGUUGCAGCAGGAACCGAAGACUCCUUGAAGCAAUAGGACAAUAGCUUGCGGACCAGAAUAGAUAAUCCAUAAUCCAAUCGUAGGAAGAGAGGAUAGAAGCAGCAUUAAAAAUAAUACAAGAGCAGGGCAUGGGUUUUUUCACUGCAGGCUAUUAUCUGUUCCAAUCAUAGAAACAGAGAAUAGAAGUAGCAGAGAAAAAUGAUAAGAAAACAAUACAAGAUCAGUGCUUGGGUUUUUCACCGCAUGGCUAGGUUAGAUUCACCAUUAACCUGGUGCUUGAUUCACCACAGGAAGAAGCUGAUUCACCUCAGCAGCGGAGACAAUAAAAGGUUGAAUGCAAAAAUCAUAGGCAGCAUUUUUUCCCUUGAGCUUUGUUUAUUGUUAUAGCAAACAUCAAUAAAUACGAAAAUAAACUAACAUAGAUCCUCACAAAGCACAGAGAUUCAACGAGGUUCACAUACCGAUGUGGUGUGCUACGUCCUCAGAUGAAGAAGAAGAUGUUUCACUGUGUAGAAUAGGUAUUACACCCAAACAACACCGAGAAAACUCGCUAUGAAACCCUAGCUCGAAAACCCCCCAAAUUACAAUUGUUUGCUCAACAAGACGAUAGUACAUUAUAUACUCCUCCAAGUCACAGGUCAAUCGGCCCAACCUCUCUGCUUCCAUCACAGAUUUCAGAAAAAAUCCCAUUCGGGUUGCCACCAAAAUAUGUCGGAGCGGGUCUAAUGUAGUAGUAGGUUACAAGUAAACUACCCCCAACAAAAUACAACCCCAAACAAGACAAUUCAAGACUUCACAAUUAAUUCUAGAAUCCCAAAGAUAGAAUAGAAUAACAAAGAGAGGAAUCCAGAAGUAACCCCACAAAGGACAAGUAAAACAACUCCCAAAACCAAGAAAAAAAACUUAGAGAAUAGGAGAUAGAAAAUAACCUGCGUAGGGUCCAAGAGAGAGACCUGCGGCUGAGCUUGGAGAGCUCAGUUGGAGCUGGGCUUUUGGUUGAAGGUAGGGCCCGCCAAGGUUACAAAAACCCCCAAAGCUGAUAGACUUUUGACGGCUGGUUUUGGAAUUAUAUAUCUUCUUGAUUUUCAGACCUAGGAGAGAGAAUCUGAAAAACUUCUGCAGAAACAGCAACUACACUAUCUGGACAGCUUCAAGAAGAGGACUGAGGGGUCAUACAAUGGUCUAUAACACCCCUUAGCAGUAGCUCCCUGAUCAGAUUACAGAAGAGGGGAGAAGAGAGAGAUCACAGGCUUCAAGAAGGGGAAUUCCUGGGUAUCGAUUCUGGUUCUGAAUGUUUGGACAGAUCUGAAAUCCUUUUGACUCCUCACAGUAACAGUAAACAGGCGCAGCAAAUAGAAAACAAGAACUGAAAUUAAGACAAAGGAAAAGUGGGGGGAGAAGGGAUAUCUCGGCCCGGGUUUCUCACCCACAGCUAUUUCGGCUGUUCUAAGCAAUUGACUGUAAUUUUCUUUAUUCAAAUCUGAGAAAUAAGAGUACAUAAGCUUCUCUAUAUAUAGAGAGGGCAGAAUAGCGUUUAUACCAUAACUAGGAGUGACUCCAAGUAGGUUUAGACAUUUCAUCAUAGGAGUUGGGCUCCCACUAAGAGUAGACUAGAACUCCAACAUGGAGUAAGUAGUUAAUAGUCAUUAACUAAAAGCCUUUAAUGGGCUUAGCACAAUCGAUGGGCCCAAUGGACCCUAUUAAAUUAACUAAGAACUUUAUUAAAUAAGUGAAAAUCGAUGGGCCUUCUAGGCCCGCCCUUAUUUAAGAUCACUAAAACCCCUUAACUAAGAGGGGGUUCUUGGGCUGGGCUUCCUCCUGCGAUAGCCUAACCCAAAGUAUGGAUCUACAUCAUGGUUAUUCUUCAAAACAGGUCAAGAAUUCGAGACAAACUUAACAUUUAUAAAUAGAGAAUACAAACCGUAGACCAAAAAGGAAGCCAAACUAGACCAGGAAAUACCCACUUAUGGAGUGGGAGUCCUAAUCAUAAUCCAAUAAAGUAAAUAACUAAAAGCUAGCUUACGUAUAGGAUAAAACAGAAACUGAUUGGUUAGCCAAAAGGUUAAUGUUAAAUAGAACCUGAUUGGUUAAUUACUUGGCUAACUCAAUGACCACUAUAUCACACCCCACCUUCGCUUACCUGAAGGUUGGUGACCUGGACACGCAACUCUAUCCACAAUCCAUCUAGGAUCUUCGAUGAAGUAUUUUAGGUCACAAUGUUAUAAAAUAAAUCUAAAAUCCACAGUAUAAAUAAUAAUCAGUGAGAUAAACACAGCUGGUGAAUUUUAUUGAUAUGUACCAUAUUUAUACAAAAGAAUGUUUACUCAUGUCAGAACAUAAUUAUAAUAUUACCCCUUGGGUUACAUCAAGUGUAUACACAAAAGAAUCAUAAGAGGACGACGACUAUUGUCAUCUUCAAGGUGCCCCGUAGGCACAAUCAUCACACGCAACCUGUCUCGUUUGCAAUCAGUUCCUCGACCCAUAGCUCAUCUCCGUAUAGAGCUGGCUCCUCAAUAGUAGCCUCUGAAGGGUUCCCUAGAUCAUCAUCUAAAAACAUUGAAACAAAUGGGUGAGCUUCCACGAAGCUCAAUGAGUGGUGGACAUGCAAGCAAACAUAAUCAUAUAUGAAUGUUAUGAUAAUGACAAUGCUCAACAACAUAAAAUGAAUGCGUAUUAGAUGAAUGCAAUGUUAUGAUCUGGUUUAUUAUCACACAAGCCUAAUCAAUAGAUUCUAAGUCCAUAUUGGGUUUUAGUGCUAGUGCAACAUAGGUGGUAUCCCUGGUCAUGAAGGUUCGUUAUCGGUCUCCCGACGAUACAAACUAAUUGCGAGUCAGGAGCAUACCGGUCUUUACAUGGCUACUCGGUACCCGAUAAGCCCUUAUUAAUAAUCCUCCAUAUAUACCACUACACUAGUAUCUAACCUUUGGUGAUGGGUUUGUCACGACACCGGUACCCCCACCUCGGUCACCAGAAAUUCCCCCAACCUCGGCCCAUCGAACGGUAGGAUUAGCCAAUACCUAUCCCCCUAUUCGCAAUGGUUGUAGCACCUGGGUUAUUCUCCUGGCCCAAUGCAAUCUAGUAUGAAUUCAUAUCACAUCACAAUCAUACUCACAUUUUGUGGACAUGCAGUGCCGGAAUCGAACCUUCGCCACCCUGCACCCCAACCCUAUUUCUUUCUAUGGGCAUGCAGUGCUGGAAUCCCAUCCAUCAACACCAACACGUACACACCAACACCAACACACUCUCAAGAUGGGCAUGUAGUGCUGGAAUCCAAUCUUCGUUCACCUGCAUCCCAUCCAUUAACAUCAACACACACACACACACACACACACACACACCCCAAAACCACGUCAUUAUGCACAUCCAAAUUCUCAACAAUAACAGGUUCAUAAUGCACAUGCUCAUGAUCAUACGCAAUAAUAUGUUAUACACUCCUUAAAAUAUUCACGACACCCACUCACCUCGUAUUCCUAUUUGUUAUGUAUUGCCGAUGUUCUCGUGCCGCGAUGCUUCACUACUUGCCGGUUCUAUUCCUAUAAAACAUAGGGGUUUUUGGUCAGUUGUUCAAGUAUGGGAAGGUCUCCCUGAGGGUCAACUAACCAUCCAAAGAGGAGGUCACCUUAGGGUUUUGGGUGGUUCACUGGCUGGAGGUGACCCACUAGUGAAUUCAUCGGUUGAUGAAUCUGAAAGUUGCAAGGAGUCAAAAUAUCUAUGGGGUUUCACCGUUGGAUGCUCACCGGGUGAUGGUGAUCCACCGAUGGGGAUCAGCCGGUGGAACCAAAUCGGGGACUUCUCUGCUCAGAUUUGCCCCAAAAGUCAUUGAGGUCCUUUUGAGUGACUAUGUAUAUCCCAAUUUUCCAUUGGAGUGAUGGUUCUACUCCUACUUCCCAUUUUUCCUACUUUAGGUUAGUGUAAAAAUUAGAGUUUGGAGUUCUAGGGUUAGUUUUCAUGUUGUAGCAUAACAUACAUUAAUUAGUUUAGGAAUGGUGUAUUUAGUUGUGUAGAUUACUUUGGUUCUAGGGAUUUGAUAAUGUUCCCCAAGUUUAGAGUCUAGGUUACCCAAAAUUUGGGGAUUUAGGUUGGAGCUUCAUGCAAUGGCCUCUAAUUUCACCUAUAACUACCCCAACCCCCUUUAGGUGUACAACAUUUUUCCCCCAACAUAGGGUUAGGUUAGGAUGAUUAUAGGGGAUUUAGUCGAUUGCCCAAAUUCUAGGGUUUGGGUUGCGUGAAUUUGGGGUUUUUCAUGUAGAAUGCCUCCACACUCAAUGGUGAGUAUAUGAAUUAGUUAAUUUGGGUCUCCUACAAAAAACCACCAAGUUAAUUUGUGAAUCAUGUAGAUGAACUGUGGGGAUUUCGGUUAGGGUUGCCCAUUUAGCCUAGGUUAAGAAUGGGGGUUGGAGAGAGAGAGCACAACAUUCAUGAGAGGUAGAGAGAGAAACUCACCUUCAAUGGGGUAGGUGAUUGGAGGAGAUCUCUCUUGCCUCCUCCUCCUUUCUCCCUUUUCUUGCUCUUAAUUUGGUGGAAUGAAAUGAAUGAGCAAGUAACUCUAUUUAUAGUAACUUUAAGUUACUUAGGGUCCAUUUAGGAAAUAAAUGAGUUUUAACUCAUUACUGGGUUAAUUCCUCAUUUGGCACUAGUGGCCUACCUCAGAGUGACAUUAAUCCACUCUCUAGUAAGUUGUACCAGCUAUUGGAGGUGGUUUGAGGUGCAUGGGUGCGAGGGCCCGCGCCAGCAUUAACCCAUUUUUGGCAAGUAUUCUCACUGGAGGGUGCUUAGUAGUUGGUGUCCAUCAGCCGGUGGGCUGUUUUGGCCCACUUUGGGUGGGACAAUAUCUGAUGGCUGUGUGGAGGGUUCCUUAGGUGUUUGCAAGUGUGUGGGUCUUUUUUUCGUGCAUCUCACUACUAGGGUUCGGGUAAUUCCUCUUCAAUGGUAAAGCACGUACACUAACUUCUUCUUCAAUGGUUUGAAAUAUGAGUAGCAUGUGCAUGUGGGAUCAUCCUUCCCUUCUCGGCAGAAGACUGCUGCUACCCAGUAUUCAUUAGUACCGGCAUUCUCUUGUGGCUCAUCUGCAUUCAGUCACACAAGGGAAUUUAGGGCACGGGUAUAACACACUACAAAUGGUUCAAUAACUGAACCAAUUGAACAAAAAUUCAAAGAAAUAAAAGAACGAAAAAAGUAGGCCAUGUUAAGCCUGCUGGUUCUUCUUGGUCCUUGUCCUCUGAGAUGUCUUCAAUUCUGCAUCACUUGGGUUGUGUACUACGCAUGUUGGGCCUUUGGUCCAAUUGGUUAUUAUUGUAAUGGUCCACUUUAAUUGGCCUAAACUACGAGCUAGAAUUACAAGAUUAGUUAAUGCAAUAUGAUAAUCGAAUGGAUUAUUGAUCUCAGAUGCAAAUGGGUUCACUAAUAGGCUAUUAGAUAGGCUAUCAAAACAGAAUUUAAUAGUAACCAAAUAGGUUCAUUUUAUAAUUUAUUUAUUUUUAUUAGUAGUAGAUAUUAUGAGAACAUUUAAGAAUUAGUGAAUGAACUUUGUCUUUUGUGCCUUUGAGUUUUUGUGGGAUCUUCCACCACCCAUAACCACCUCACCCCCCACCCCUGAAAAAAACAAAAAAAAAAAAAGAGGAAGAAGGAGAAGAAAAAUAAAAAACGAAAACCAACCUUUCCUAUGGUCCAUAAAGGUUGCUGGAACUUGUGGGAGAGUUGUCAUUGGUUCUUACUCAAGAAAUGUUGACUUCGAUGAUGAUCAAAAUUUGUUUCCCAUUUCCUUAACUUCCAACUGUUUUAGCAGUUCUGUGUGUUAAUUUGUUGACUCAUGGUUUCCUCUAGGAAUAAUUGUUGUCUACUUAACUUGAAAGUUGCUUUUUCAUCAAACUUUUAUUUCUUACUUGUGUGCUUCCUUGCAUUGAUGGCAAUUUGUCUUCACGUACGAGGACUUUUCUUUUCUUCAUAUGAAAUGUUAUUAGAUAACACCUUUUAGGCCUUUUGCCAUUGUCAAGUCAAUGUAAUAAUGAAACUUCAUUACAUUUUUGCUGAUUUUCUUGUCUUAAA